AGAGGGAAGGCAGUGAAAGGGCGGCAGGCGAGCAAAGAGGUGGGGGCGACGGGAAAGAAGGCAAUAGAGAACACCGGGCUCCCCCCAGGCCGGCACCCACACCUGUCCUCCCGCUUCCGCCGAAAAGCUUCUGCGCUCCCUCCGCCGCCGGAAAAUAGUCCCCCUCCUUCCUUUCCUUCUUCCUGCUUGCCUCUCUCAACAGGCUCCGCCGCGAUGGCGCUGAAGAGAAUCCACAAGGAGCUGAAUGAUCUGGCACGUGAUCCUCCAGCACAGUGUUCAGCAGGGCCUGUUGGGGAUGAUAUGUUCCACUGGCAAGCAACAAUAAUGGGACCAAAUGACAGUCCCUAUCAGGGUGGGGUGUUCUUCUUGACAAUUCACUUUCCAACAGAUUACCCCUUUAAACCGCCUAAGGUUGCAUUUACGACAAGAAUUUAUCAUCCAAAUAUUAACAGUAAUGGCAGUAUUUGUCUUGACAUUCUACGGUCGCAAUGGUCUCCAGCAUUAACUAUUUCAAAAGUACUUUUGUCCAUCUGUUCUCUGUUGUGUGAUCCCAAUCCAGAUGAUCCUUUAGUGCCUGAGAUUGCACGGAUCUACAAAACAGAUAGAGAAAAGUACAACAGAAUAGCUCGAGAAUGGACUCAGAAGUAUGCGAUGUAAUUAAAGAAAUUAUUGGAUAACCUCUACAAAUAAAGAUAGGGGAACUCUGAAAGAGAAAGUCCUUUUGAUUUCCAUUUGACUGCUUUCUAUGAGCCCACGCCUCAUCUUCCCCUGUGCACAUGUUUACCUGAUACAGCAGUGCUGCGUGUUGUACACACUUGGAACAACAAAAUACUGUAUUCCAUACCAACAUUGACUCCUAGCAAAGAAAUGUGUGUGAAAAGCCAGUUCUUCUAUCAAAGUCUAGUUGUGAGCAUAAAAGCAUUCCUAUGAGAUUUCAAUUGGGCACUAAAACCAACCAUGAAGGGAAAGGGGAAGAAUAAAUUGUGUUUCUGGGGACUUUUGAUGAUUCAAGAGGAUGCUUUUUAAAAAUGGAAUCCUUUUAAACUCAUAACUGUAAUGAAAAAAAUGUGAAGAACUUAAAGCUGUUCUGUAUUUUAUUCUGAAGGACCUACUAAGGUAAAUGUAUGACCAAUAAGAUCAAAUUGUACCUACAUCCUGUGUUUAAAAGUCUGAGUUUAACUGGCCAGAAUUUAAAUGCAUUGGAGCUAUUAGUGCAUCAAGUGAUGUUGAUUUUAUUUCAAAUCUCCCCCUACCCCUUUCCCUCCCUUUCAUAAUUUUGGUUUGUAUGUGUUUUCUCAAUUAACAUAGCUAAUAGCUCUUAUUUUCUUAAGUUUUUAAUGGCUUAGGUCUUUCUGGAUGUAAGGGUAAAAAUUCAUUUGACAGACUUGUGUAUAUUUAAAGACCCAGCUGCUCCCUUGGAGCUUGUACGUUCAAGAAUGAUUAAUCUGUGUAAUAAACUGAUUACUACAGUCAUUACAUAUAA